UCUCUGCCUCCCACGACGAUUUUUUUACUUGCUGCCAUUUGUCAUCUGUUCCCAAAUUGAUCAGUUUCGGCACCUCCGAUUCGUGCUCCAUUUCUAGGGUUCCGAUCCAUAGAGCGAGGUCGGAGGAGAGCGGCAUGGAUUGGGGAAACGUGACUACAGAGGACCUCGUCGACGCCCUUCGGGAAGUGGAUUGGUCCGCUCCCCCGCGCCCCAUUUCGGAGUUCUUCGCUCGAUUCACCUUCCCCAGAUCCCACUCGAAAUGGAGCAGUCGAUUAAAGUGCAAUCUUUACUACUACAGGACGAACUACUUCAUUCUGAUCCUGUUCGUUCUUGCAGUGGGAUUUCUUCUGAAGCCUCUUGCUAUUGUGUCGGCCAUUUUGACUGGUUUAAGCAUCUCUUUGUUAAAUGAUAGCUUUGCAGUUACUUUUAACGAGAAAGUCACAAGGUCUGUCAGACAUUUUUCUCCUCAUUUAGCUGCAAAGUUGAGGCCGCCUAUUGCGCCCGUAAUUCGUGGACGGCCAUCUAGGAAAAGAGCAAUCCAUAUAUGUGGUCAGCCCCGUUGGGUGUUUGUUUUGAUAUCUUCAGCUGCUAGCUGCAUCCUCUGGUUCACAUCCUGCAACCUCUUAACACUACUGUGGGCACUUGUCAUUGGGCUUCUCGCAACAAUACUUCACGCAAGCUUCCGAGUACCCAACCUGAAAGCGCGCCUCAAUACAUUCCGCGAGGAGUUUCGCUCAGUGUGGCGCAAUUACAGUGAGCUGUGAUCACUCGGGGUGAAAACGUGCACUUUCCCGGAAGUGUGUUCUAUUCUCGCAUAUGACAUGUUUAGGUUUGUUAAGCUUUACCACUUCAUCGUUUUGUUUCAUAUAUUCUUUGCUUGGGGGAAUUUCCUGUAACUUCAACUGUCAAGUUGUCACCUUGUAUACAUGGAUUCGAAAUUUUUAUAAUAUUCAUUAAGGAAUUGUAGUACCUGAGUGAAUCUUUCCA